GCAUGGUGCACAACCUAUAUUCAGCCAUUUAUACUGAACGACAAUACCGCUUUGUAAUUGUAUGUCAGCGCGUGAAGUGACUGGAUAACGCUAAAAAAUCCGGGAACGUAGCCAAGCUUCCUUAUCGCACUGAUUACUGUCUAAACGUGAAGUUGGGAAAGUGUUGGUCACAGUGCACCUGAGGCUUCUGGGGAUAUGGGUAUUGUUCUAGGCGUGGAGGCUGCCGUUGGAGUAGCAGAGGCCGUAGAGGCAGGAGCAGCGGCCGCAGAGGCGGGCGAAGCGGUCGCUGGAGCUGCCGAGGCCGGUGAGGCGAUCAGUGCUGGCGCCGAGGCUGGCGCUGAAGCCGGGGGUGAAGCUGGAGCUGAGGCGGGCGAAGCGGCAGCCUCAGGCGGCAAAGCCUUGUCUCAAAUCGUGGAAAGGAUCGGUGUUGCGAUGGAGAAGCUAAACAAAAUGAUCACCGAGUAUGUAGCCAUCGACGCUGUCUUCAAGGCAGCGAGGGCUAUCUUGGAAGCAAUCACCUCGGAUCCCGCGGCCAAGGCUCGGGCUGAGAAACUGGCCAAACUAAUCGAUGUUCUGACGAGUUGCUCGAGCCUCAUGCAGGAUCUUUACAAUUGGUUGAAAGAUCACUCCAACGACACCACCACCCUUCAAGGAAUCGAUGUUCCGCUGAGUGGCAUACUCUCUAAGUUUUUGCCAAAAAUAGGAGCGGCAUCUGGAGUCCUUCAGAGUCUCUCGAAACAAGUGUCAGCGAAGAACCUGAAGAAGGAGCCCGUGACAGACGGCGAGGUUGAUGCCUUACGGCACGGUCUGGACACCGUGGCUCAGAGUUUCCAGGCGCUUGUUGCCUUCAAGGACGAAAACGUUGCCAAGGUCAAAGCCCUGGCAGGCUUGCCGAUCAACGACUCAAAAGUAGCCGCAAUUACCGAUAAGCUAUCCACAGUUUAGUCAUGCUCUAGAUCUGGCCCAAAUCCAUGGAGCUGACUGUAGCUCCAAAUAAUGCUAAGCAAGGCGGGAACCCGCAGCGAAAAACUUCACGGAUGUAAUUUUGGCUGGUAACCCUUUUUUCAAUUGACGAGUAAAACUUUCUUGUGCAUCGGAAAAGUUUAUUCUUAUUAACAGUAGUUCUAUAGAAUGGUGUCCUCAUUGGUAAUUCAAUUGGUUAUCGCUGGAAAAGUUAAAUUUUUCUAUCUUGAUAAAAUUACUGCUUACCAAAAUUACUGAUAUACGCCAUUCCUUUUGUAAUUAUUAGUUUCAUUUUUUUUACAGUAAUUUAACUUAUGACCGCAUAAUAAAAACUUCAGAUGGCACUAUGCAGAAGGAUAUUUAACAAAAGAGAGGAAAAACGAAUGUAAAAUUUCGGUUUCAAAAGGCACGUAUGAAAUCAUCAGAGACGCAACGUAGGUCGGCCUCGCCGUAAAAAUUUUAGAGAAUUUCCAAAGUUCCCUGGAGAUGGGAAUAGUUUUGAAUUAUUGUCAUAUACUAUAGAACUUAUCAAUUAAAAAAGGUGAAAUUGUGUUGCAUGCAUGAUAGUAACGUAAUGGAUUAAGAAUAAAUUCAAGAGCAAAGCGUUUGUCAACUCA